GGAAUAGAAGCGUUGGUGUUGGAGAGAUCGGAAGGGCUGCGAGCCACUGGUGCAGCCUUGGGUCUAUUCCCAAACGCCUGGUGUGCUCUCGAUGCCUUGGGGGUUUCUCACAAGCUUGCUUCUUAUACCCCCUCUCUCAAGACGAGAAUGGACUCAGUUUAGCCGAAAAACCAUUAAAGUAAAGAAGCGGUGUAGAAUCAAGAAGAGUGAUUGGAAAAUAGGUAACUCACGCGUAAUCAGGUUACUAGCCACUGGAAUAUUCAAGAAGAUUUGGUUUUGGACUUUUCGGGUUUCUGAUGUAGGACGAGAAUGAACUCAGUUUAGCCGAAAAACCAUUAAAGUAAAGAAGCGGUGUAGAAUCAAGAAGAGUGAUUGAAAAAUAGGUAACUCACGCGUAAUCAGGUUACUAGCCGCUGGAAUAUUCAAGAAGAUUUGGUUUUGGACUUUUCGGGUUUCUGAUGUAGGACGAGAAUGAACUCAGUUUAGCCGAAAAACCAUUAAAGUAAAGAAGCGGUGUAGAAUCAAGAAGAGUGAUUGAAAAAUAGGUAACUCACGCGUAAUCAGGUUACUAGCCGCUGGAAUAUUCAAGAAGAUUUGGUUUUGGACUUUUCGGGUUUCUCGUGCGAAAAGUCAGGUUUUGAUUUUGAAUCAGAUUUGACUAACUUUUGGCCAGAAUGUCCGUUUGAGAUGCAUGAUACCUUUCCAGAAUGGGAACGACGAGAUCUUCAAGACUCACUUUAGUGAGGCCUAACGGAUUUAGGCCAAAAUAUGUCGUUUUAAUUAUCCGAUUCGGGAUUUAAUAUUUUAGGCUAGUUUUGCAUCCUUUUUAUUUUAGGUUUUCUAGUUUGUUUUGUUUUUACCAAUGGGCUUUAGGGUUCAAUGUUAGUUGCCCUAGGGUUUUAUUUCUCUUAUUUAAGCAGCCGUAUGUGGCUGCAGAACGCAUCUUUUAUCAUAUUAUCAAUCAAAAUUGAGAGUUUUCUCUUUUAUCUCUGGUGGACUCCAGAAUCUUUGUUUUAGGUUUAUUGCUUGUAAACCUAGGGUUACUUCCGCCCGCGUCAGUUGGUAUCAGAGCGGGUUUCGCCCGCUUCUUAGCAGACAACGAUCCAAGGGAGAAGUUCACUACCACCAACCUCAACGACGCUGGUCGUAGAGUAUCUAUCAAAGAAAGUUUCGUUGAAGAGGAACAUGCCAAGGGAUUCGCCCUAGGACAACCUCAUCAAUACAAAAAAAAAAAAAAAAGAGAAAAAAAAAGAAGAAACAUGGAACGUUGGAUAUUCACAACGCCGGAUUACGACGACUUCCGAACUACAUGUGUCAUCAAAGACAAGGUAUGCUCUGUAAUAAUUGAUAGUGGUCUACGAGAGAACUUUGUAGCAAACAAAGUAGUGGAUUAUUUUCAAUUACCGACAGUGAAGCUGAGUGAUCCAUACUGGAUUCCAUUUGGGGAGGAUGAAUAUGCACAAGUAACAGAGGUUUGUAAAGUUCCUGUCUCUAUGGGAAAAUUUUAUAAAGAAGAGAUUACUUGUCAUGUGAUUGACAUGGAUGACACUAAUGUGCUUUUUGGAAGGCCAUGGCAUGAAAGCGUCAAAGGUGGUUAUUGCAAAGAUGACACAUAUUUAUUUAGGUGGGAGUCACACAAAAUUAAAAUCAAGCCUGGAAGGAAGAACAUCAAGAAUUAUCCUCCUAAGGUUUUCGAGAAGAAGUUAGAGUCCAGGUUUUCUUUGCCGGUUGAGAUUAAUAGUUUAAUUGAAGAAAAGCCAGAAGAAUUUCUAAUGGAAGAACCUCCACAAGAAUUCAUGGAUGAAGACCAAGAAGAGGUUAAAGAUGAAAUUGCUCAUGAAGACAUGGUUAUUUGUACUAAUGAAGUCUUGGAGCCUAAAUUAAAUCAUUCAGAGCGAGAUGUUAUUCAAGAGUACAACCUUGAGAGCUGUGAAGAAUCUACUAAGGUUGCCUAUAACAGACUCAUCUAUGGUGUUGGGUUCAUGAUUGUGUCAUCAAAAUAUGCAGAAGAUCCAGCCAAUAAUCCACAUGUCCAAUUGUCUAAUUUUUUCUCAGGUCUUUUGUCUACCUAUUCCUGUCCUUUAUACAAGAGGAACUCGAGGGCGAGUUCUUUCAUAGUGGAGGAGAAUGAUGUAGGACGAGAAUGGACUCAGUUUAGCCGAAAAACCACUAAAGUAAAGAAGCGGUGUAGAAUCAAGAAGAGUGAUUGGAAAAUAGGUAACUCACGCGUAAUCAGGUUACUAGCCGCUGGAAUAUUCAAGAAGAUUUGGUUUUGGACUUUUCGGGUUUCUCGUGCGAAAAGUCAGGUUUUGAUUUUGAAUCAGAUUUGACUAACUUUUGGCCAGAAUGUCCGUUUGAGAUGCAUGAUACCUUUCCAGAAUGGGAACGACGAGAUCUUCAAGACUCACUUUAGUGAGCCCUAACGGAUUUAGGCCAAAAUAUGUCGUUUUAAUUAUCCGAUUCGGGAUUUAAUAUUUUAGGCUAGUUUUGCAUUCUUUUUAUUUUAGGUUUUCUAGUUUGUUUUGUUUUUACCCAUGGGCUUUAGGGUUCAAUGUUAGUUGCCCUAGGGUUUUAUUUCUCUUAUUUAAGCAGCCGUAUGUGGCUGCAGAACGCAUCUUUUAUCAUAUUAUCAAUCAAAAUUGAGAGUUUUCUCUUUUAUCUCUGGUGGACUCCAGAAUCUUUGUUUUAGGUUUAUUGCUUGUAAACCUAGGGUUACUUCCGCCCGCGUCAACCUCUUACGACAUUUUACAAGUUUUUGAACAAAUUUGUUGUCAAUGUUGUAAUCUUAGUUCUAAUAAUGGUAAUUACACCUCUUAUGACAUUUUUACAAGCUUUUGAACAAAUUCGUUGUCAAUGUUGUAAUUUUUGUUUAACUAUAUGUAAAUAGUGUAAAUGAAUAUGGUAACUUUUGUUCUCAAUGUUGUAAUUUUGGUUCAAAUACUUGUAAAUUUUUGUUCAAAUAAUUGUAAAUGAGGGUAUUCCAUACCCACCAGUACACUAGUUUUAAGGGACCGAGGGACUUUAGUUUUCUAUAUGUUACCUAAAGUCUUUCGUCCUUACUCUGAUUAUCUUUAAGGGAAAUUCUAGUGUAGUGGUGGGUAUCUCAUACCCACAUUUACAAAAGUGAGAACAAAUUUUGUUGUCAAAGUUGUAAUUUGAGUCCUACUUUGUGUAAUUUUAGUUCUAAUAAUGGUAAUUACACCUCUUACGACAUUUUACAAGUUUUUGAACAAAUUUGUUGUCAAUGUUGUAAUCUUAGUUCUAAUAAUGGUAAUUAUACCUCUUACGACAUUUUUACGACAUUUGAACAAAUUCGUUGUCAAUGUUGUAAUUUUUGUUUAACUAUAUGUAAAUAGUGUAAAUGAUUAUGGUAACUUUUGUUCUCAAUGUUGUAAUUUUGGUUCAAAUACUUGUAAAUUUUUGUUAAAAUAGUUGUAAAUGAGGGUAUCUCAUACCCACCAGUACACUAGCUUGUCUCUAUUUUUAAUAUGAACUGUAUUAUGUAUGUGUUGGUUCAUUUCUCUGAACCUGUGUUCAUGUGUAGCUAUAUUUCACCUUUGCAUGUACUUAUAUUUGGAGCUUAUA